UUAGUGAGAACUUCCUACUGAGAAUGAGUUACCGAAGAUGAGUGAAAAUGGGUCAGAGAACAUCUUCGCUUGCAUCCAAAGUAUCCAAGUCGGUAUCUUCUUUAUUUACCGGUGCUGUUGACGAUAGCGAGACAUGCCAAAACAGACUCGCAGUGACACCAUUUGUCUUCAAACGUUCAGGGUCCAUGUACUUUGAUGAAGACGACGACCUAGCUCAUGAGUUUUAUGUGGAAAUCAUUGAAGGCCGCCAUCAUUACAUGAAAAAGCAGUAUUGUAACCUUCGCCCUCAGGGUGAAGUGGACUUGCCUCAUCCCCGUCUCAAUGUAGAUUUCCCUAUUGUGAUAUGUGAAGCUCCACGGUGACACAGGAUGGAGGACCUUUGUCCAAACACAAAGAACCUGUAGGAAAAUCAAAGGAACACUGAGAAGCAGCUGAAAUCUAGUCAUUCUCGAGGCUUAUCAAAUUACGUACCCGGAGUCGGAUCUAGAUCGGUCUACAGCAAGUAGGCCACAGCGUGUGAAUCUCUUGCUACCAUUGAGAAAACUUUUUGUGAUGAGCGUGAAAACCAUUCCUUGCUGUGAUUUGUUUUGUCGGGAGAAACUCAUUAACUAGGUAUGCACAUUUAGUUCAUGUCUAACAGUGUUGUCGAUAUGGAUCAUAACUCAUUCAUAUACAUCUCAGGCAUUAAUCGCUGACACAACCAACAUAUAGGAACAUAUAUGGAACAGAUGCCGUAGGCCUACAUGAUAAUAAGUGACAAAGGACAAGUGAACUUUAAACCAAGGAUACAAGUUUAAUUUAUAGAAUAUUUAACAUUAGAAUAUUUAACAUUAUGUUGAAAAAUGCACCAGAGACGUUUAUACUACUAUAUGUCUCUGAUACAACUAUACAAAUUAAUCAGAAUGUUGAAUUGUGAUUUACCUACUUUUUAAUUUCUUGGAAUUCCGUGUACAUUAUAUCAAUCAAAAUUACUCCUAAAUUGAAGCUGACAACGCUAGAUAAGAACCACCGAUGAGCAUUACAAAUAACAUAUACCCUAUCCCAAGAUGAAAUGUAUUAAUUUUUUGUUUACAAAAAAUAUUUUUUCAACAUAUUAGAUAGCUUACAAAUCUGACCCCAUGCUACUUUAAGUCACCUCUUACAUGUAAAUUGCUUGGACGAUAAUAUAACCUACAGAAUUUCUACUGGUGAAUUUGUUUAUGUCUGUGCCAACCUGAUGACAGUCUUAUAAAGUAUAUAUGUGCUUUGGAGAGUUUUGUUUUUCACUGAUAGAAGAUAAUUCACCAGAUGAUAUACCAACCGUCAAUACUCUGGAAAAUCUUUUUCUUGGUUACAAUAGAAUAUUGGAGUCAGCAAGGGGAUCAUUACCUCCCCUUGCUAUCAUUGUCUUCACCUGAGAUACCAUUUCAUUUGUAAGAAAAUGUUGGUUCUUACCUUGCAUUGUAACCUUAUAGAUACCAAGGUAGUAGGAAUAGGAUAAGAUGAUAAAUAUUGUGAUGAGAAUCUGUUCAUGUUGAAAAACAUUUUUUUUGUACCUUUUUCAAGGAGAUAAAUGUUGUAUGGUACUCCAAACUACCACUGGCAUAAAUAUGGGUUAUAGUAUUAGGUUGUGCAUGUAGUAUAUGUUAAUUUAUUUUCAUGACUGUGGUGUUGACUGCAGACUUCAGUUAAGUGUAGAGGAUGGGCGUACCUUGCUAACUGCUGUUUAUUUUACAUACAAACAAAUUCUUAUGCAGAUAAUUGAUAUAUUCACAAAGGGCUACUCUUUAAUAAAUAAUAUCUGUACACUAGCUUGCUUUAAGACUCUAAUUGCCUCGGACACAAAACAAUUUAUUCAACUCAGGUUAGUCAUGAUACAAUUGUGGAAUUUCACAACGUUACACGUUUGGACGAUGAUUAUCGUUGUUGGUGUAAAUGGAGAAAUGGUUUAACAAUAUAUACGGUUUCGUGUUUAAACACAUCAAUUAAUUUUGAAGUAUGUUUCU